AUGAAGACCCUGGUAUUUCUGGCUUUGCUUGGAGCAGCGUUUGCUGCAGCUGAGGAUGAUAAGAUUGUUGGAGGUUAUGAGUGUCCCAGACACUCUGUCCCCUAUCAGGUGUCUCUGAACGCCGGGUAUCACUUCUGCGGUGGAUCCCUCAUCUCCAGCCAGUGGGUGGUGUCCGCUGCUCACUGCUACAAGUCUCGUAUCCAGGUUCGCCUCGGUGAACACAACAUCGCUGUGAAUGAGGGCACGGAGCAGUGGAUUGACGCCACCAAGAUGAUCAAGCACCCGCAGUACAACAGCUACAAUCUAGACAACGACAUCAUGCUGAUCAAACUGAGCCGCCCUGCCGCCCUCAACAGCAACGUCAACACCGUAUCCCUGCCCUCCCGCUGCACCCAGGCCGACGAGAACUGCCUGGUGUCCGGGUGGGGCAACACCGCCACCAACGGAAGUGAGUUGAACAACUUCCCUGACAGGCUGCAGUGUCUGAGGCAGCCCAUCAUCGAUGACAGGAUCUGCAGGAACGCCUAUUCCAACCUCUUCACCGAGAACAUGCUUUGCUCAGGGUUCAUGCACGGAGGUGCCAGCAGCUGCCAGGGAGACUCUGGUGGUCCUCUGGUGUGUAAUGGUCAGCUGCAGGGAGUUGUGUCCUGGGGUUACGACUGCGCCAUGAAGGGACACCCCAGCGUCUACGCCCGUGUGUGCCGCUACAACAGCUGGAUCAGCACCACCAUGAGAAACAACUGAAGGCUCUCCCUCACCGCAACCAGUGUUCAUCCUCAGUUUAUU